CCUGCAAGGGAGUUCUAUGGUCUGACCGUAGUCUGCACCACGUUUCAUCGCCGACAAUCCUCUUGUCCCCGUCUCCGACUCUCUCUCUCUCAGGUGACCCUGAAUUAAUGUCUCUCUCUCAAACCCUAAUUCGAGAUUCCAACUUCUCAUAAUCUCAGAAAAUUCAAUUUCCUCCUUUCAUCUCCGUACGCAAGAACUUCCCGCGAAAAAGAAAACGCCUUUCGCUCUCACUCUCCUCCAAUCCGAUCCAGGUUUUUAUUUGUAUCGAUAAAUAUGCAGGGCUUUUAGCAGUGUUUAUGUUGAUUGCUCAUGGAGUUCCAAUGCAAUCCUUAAAAUUAUUUUUGUGGUUUCUGUUUCACCUUCUCCCGGUUGCUCUUCAUAAAGUUGAAAGCUUUUCCACUUUGGUUAGUUGGAGUUAGGGUUUGGAUGUGUUCAUUUUGAUUGCUUGAUGGGGACUUGAAGUUACAUUCACUACUUGGGUUUGCUGUUAGUUGCUCUUUGUGUGGAGCUGGUUACAACGAAAAAAUGUAUGGUAGAGCUGGUCUAGAGCGAUUCAAGAAAGCUCAAUCUUCGGAACCAUUCUCAGUCUCAGUGAGCUCAGCUCCCAAACCAAGCAAAGCUCAGAUCUCGGAGUCUUCUUCUUCCUCUGCGACCAGUUCUUCAGUUCAAUAUCCGCAACCAAAUGUUGCUCAAAAGCCUACUGUGCCCGAGGCUGGGCCAUUGUUGGGUCUUGCUGCUCAGCAGCACACUCAAGUUGGAGGCGGGCAGUCGACUUGGCAGCCACCGGACUGGGGGAUCGAGCCUCGAUCAGGGGUUUAUUAUCUCGAAGUAUUGAAGGAUGGUGAGGUUAUGGACCGGAUUAAUCUCGAUAAGAGGAGGCACAUAUUUGGAAGGCAAUCCAUUACCUGCGAUUUCGUGCUGGAUCAUCAGUCUGUGUCUCGUCAACAUGCUGCUGUUGUCCCUCACAAAAGUGGAAGCAUUUAUGUAAUUGAUUUGGGAUCUGCUCACGGCACAUUUGUUGCAAACGAGAGGUUAACAAAAGACACGCCUAUGGAGCUCGAAGUGGGGCAGUCCUUACGGUUUGCUGCUUCAACAAGAACCUAUGUCCUAAGAAAGAAUGAUGCAGCUUUAUUCACGAGCCUUCCGCCUCCUACAGAGAUCAUCUUACCACCAUCCCCUGAUCUAAAUGACGAAGAAGCAGUUGUAAAUUACAACACUCAGAUAAACCGGUACGGUCUGGAAAAGCUUUCUGAGCUCCCAGACUUCAAACCCAGUAGCCAUUUAAUCAGAACAAAACACGACAGCCAGCAGCAGUCAGAGAGAGAUGCAAAGAGGAGAAAGAAAGCAAGAGUUGUGUUCAAAGAUCACGUUGGUGGUGAGCUGGUAGAGGUUGUCGGGUUUUCAGACGGUGUAGAUGUAGGGACGGAGCCUGGACCGGUUGGGGUCAAAGAAGGAAGUCUCGUGGGGAGAUACGUAUCCCUCGUGCAGAGUGUGAUGAUACCUAAAGGGAAAGAAGCGGCUACUUCGUCAAAGGAAAGUAGUGGUCUUUUGCAGCAAGGGGUUACUAACAAGCUGCAAGAAGUGUUGACUAAGGUCAAAACAGCUCCAACUCGGCAGAAGGGGUUGUAUGAAAGCCUUUAUGACGAGUCGUUUUCUGGGAAACUGGGUUCAUCUUGGGCGAGUUCUUUGGCCAAAGAUGGUCAGGCAAAGACUAUCAGUGGUUUGAGUGAGAACUCUCGGAGUAAGUUGAGCUCGUAUGAUGAUGAUGAAGAUGAUUUAUUUGGAGACUGAUAAAGGGAAUCCAUCUAGAGGCAUGUGUUAGCUUACUUAUAUUUGAACUGAAGUGGAAUGUCGGAGAAUUGAUUAUUUUCGAAAUUGUUGUGAAGCUGAAGCAGCCUUCAGUCCCCGGGUUCUUUUGUACAUGGGGAAACUUUUUGUUGUAGGUUCAUCAAUCAUCAUGGGCAAGCUUUUGUUUGUAAUUUGGGUUUGAUGCACUUUGAAGAUUUGAUUCAAGCUCAAAGGACAGGAAUGAAAUCAAACUGUGCCACUUCUAGAUCUCUUCAAAGCCCAGCAGAACCACGUGAAUUACUUCUUCCGCUACCAAGAGGGGAUCUUGUUUUGCAUUCUUUCACCAUUGACCCGAGGAAAAAAGAAAAAGAAAAUUCUUGUGCUGCCUGUAUGUACCCUCCAUUUUUGUAUAAUCAUCUCAUUUCUAGUUCAUUCAGAGGCAGAUUAGAUUAGAUAGAUAUGCACAAGGAGAGAGGACUUGACUGAUACCAAAAACCUAUAUUAGCUCAGUAUGGUCCUUUGUACAUAACAUAACUAGUAGUUAAGCUCCUUAACCAUAGCCCUAAAAACUGUGACUUAAGCAUG